AUGUCAAGAGAUCCAAGUUCCUGGCGGGCCGGUCCCGGCAGACUGGAAGCCCUGUUAGCGUUGAGCUUGAUCCUGCUCCUCGUCCUGCAGCCGGAUACCUGCCACGCCUCGCCGUCCCAUCGUAGCAGACAUCACGAGCACGAGCUGCACGCGCAGGAAGCGGCCGCGUCAUCGUCGUCGUCGUCGUCGUCGUCGUCGUCGUCGUCGUCGUCGUCGUCGUCAUCGUCAUCAUCGUCUUCGUCGCGCGAGGAUGCGAGGAGUUCCAGGACGAACGAGGAGCUGCCACAUGCGGCCGCCUUCACCAACAACGAUCCGCUGAUCGUGCACACCAAGAAGGGCAUGAUACGCGGCAAGACCCUGACUGCCACCACUGGCAAAGAGGUCGACGCCUGGCUCGGCAUACCUUACGCCCAGAAACCUCUCGGCUCGCUGAGGUUUCGUCAUCCACGACCAGUUGAGCGCUGGUCGGGCGUGUGGAACGCGACCACCUUGCCAAACAGCUGCGUGCAGAUCCUCGACACGGUGUUCGGAGACUUCGCCGGCGCCACCAUGUGGAACCCGAACACGCCGCUGAGCGAGGACUGUCUGUACGUGAACGUAGUGGUGCCGCGGCCCAGGCCUACGAACGCCGCUGUCAUGGUAUGGAUAUUCGGUGGUGGCUUCUACUCUGGCUCGGCCACUCUCGACGUGUACGAUCACAAGACCCUGGUAUCAGAGGAAAACGUGAUCCUGGUAUCGAUGCAGUAUCGCGUGGCUAGUUUGGGCUUCCUGUAUUUUGGCACGCCGGACGUGCCCGGUAACGCUGGUCUCUUCGAUCAGAUGAUGGCCCUGCAAUGGGUGCGCGACAACAUAGCCGCGUUUGGCGGCAAUCCCGAUAACGUGACACUCUUCGGCGAAAGCGCUGGCGCAGUCUCCGUCUCAAUGCAUCUCCUGUCGCCGCUGUCCAGGCACCUGUUCAACCAGGCCAUCAUGCAGUCAGGCUCGCCGACCACGCCGUGGGCGAUAAUUUCGCGCGAGGAAUCGAUCGUGCGUGGCAUCCGGUUGGCCGAGGCAGUCGGUUGUCCGCACGAUCGUAGCAACCUGCGCGACGUGAUCGACUGCCUGCUGACGAAGGACCCGGUCGAACUGGUGAAAAACGAAUGGGGCACCCUCGGGAUCUGCGAAUUCCCAUUCGUACCGGUGAUUGACGGCGCAUUCCUGGACGAAACGCCGCAGCGUUCACUCGCUACAUCGUCCUUCAAGAAGGCGAACAUCCUGAUGGGCUCCAACACCGAGGAGGGCUUCUACUUCAUCAUCUACUACCUGACGGAGCUGUUCCGCAUCGACGGUACCGAGGAUGUAAAGGUGACACGCGAUCAGUUCGUCAGUGCCGUGUCCGAGCUGAAUCCCUAUGUCAACCAGAUUGGCCGGCACGCGAUCAUUUACGAGUACACCAACUGGCUGCACCCGGACGACCCGCACAAGAAUCGCGAUGCCCUCGACAAGAUCGUCGGCGACUACCAGUUUACGUGCAACGUCAACGAGUUUGCCGGCCAUUACGCCGAUAGCGGCAGCACCGUUUACAUGUAUUACUAUAAGCACAGAUCUGUGAAUAAUCCGUGGCCGCGGUGGACUGGGGUCAUGCACGCCGACGAGAUAAGCUACAUCUUCGGGGAGCCAUUGGACCCAACCAAGGGUUACACCCCCGAGGAGGUGCAGCUCUCGAAGAGAAUGAUGAGAUACUGGGCGAACUUCGCCAAGACGGGGGAUCCAAACGUGGGCGACGGCGGCGAGACAACGUCGGUUUUGUGGCCACCGCACACUGGCGCCAAUAAGGAGUACCUGACCUUGGAUAUCAACAACACGGACAUCGGCAGCGGUCCCCGGGUGAGGCAGUGUGCCUUCUGGAAGAAGUACCUGCCGCAGCUGCUCGGUGCCACGUCGAAACUGGAGGUCGCGUCCAAGAAGACCUGCAGCGGCACGAGUAUCGCCGAUUUCAGCGUGACCCGGAUACUCCUGAUCGUGAGCCUGUUAUUGACCGGCCUCACCAAUCUGCCUCACAUCCAGCACGACGUCAGAGGCAUCAUUUAGCUCCUGGCCGCCGCCGCCGGAUCGGUGGCCGGUUGCCGAGCCGUCGUCUUAGCCCUGUCGAGCAGCAUCAGCAGCAACAGCAGCAGCAUCAGCAUCAGCCCGUUUUCUCCCUAAAGAAGAUGAGGGUGAACUAAAAGCGAGCGAACGCGAGCGAAACGAACGGACGGACAGACGGACGGACAAACGGACGGACAGACGAAGAAGAUCACGACGCUCGGAAGCGAACAUUGAUACAAGAAUAUUCUUAUGUCAAUGGAACGAACAAACGAACGAAUGGAUGAAUGAAUGAAUGAACGAAAUGGAACACGAUCGGGAAGACGACGGUAACUGCGCGAGAAACAGACAUAUCAAUAGUAGACGAGUGCUCGAUCGCCGAUGGGGAUCGACGAUGAAUGAACGCGAACAAACGCGCCCGCCUGCGAGAGAAUUCUCGCUUGUUCGGGGGACUCUGAGGGGUUGAGUGGGUUGGAGAAGGAAAAGGAGGGCUCGGGGCCCGGUGGAGUCGAGUUGGAUUUUUCUGUGCGCGUAGAGAAUAAAUUAUAGUUUAGUUUGAGAGAGAAAGAGGGAAGGAGGAUGUCAAGUGACUAAUGCAACGAACCGACGACGAUGAUGGACGCCGGGUGAUCAGAGCAAGAGGGAGAGAGAGAGGGAGGAAACGUGAAGUGGAGAACAGAGACGACGGCGCGUCAAAACUAUUGGUGAAACUAAUUAGCGACGGUUAAUUGCAGUGAUCACCGAGUUCCCACGAAUCUUCCGUGCGCCUGAAUGUGCGAUACUCUCCCCAACAUGCGCGCGGAAUUAAUGCAAACGCGUAUAUGAACAAGGAAAUUCGAAAAUUCAGAAAUGAGAAUCGAAAAGAAUUUUAAAAAUCUAAAAACAUGAAGAAUUUAAAAAUGCUGAUAAAAUCGAGAAACACGCGAAAGUGGCAAGAGUUCGAGGGCACGCGGGACGACGCCGGAAACGACGCGAGGCGGCCGCGGAAUUCAUUGCGUCGUAAAAGCAUCGUUAUGGCGGAUCUCCCGCGCCUCCCGUCGAUUCCGGGGUUUUAUCCGAAAUAUACGAGGGGCAGCGUGUUAUACGACACCCGCGUUAUGUGGGUCACCGCGCGGGGGAUUUUACGAACGCGAAUCGCCACGUCGCGUUUACCCCGCGACGUUAUCCCGUGAGACAAGGAGCGGUUAUAUAUCGGAUCAAAGCGUCCUGAGCCAGAACGUGAUACGCCUCGGACCUCGUCGGAUCCACGCGAGAAAUUCUCGUUACGAAAUCCAUCAGAUCUAUCUUGAGAAAUCCCGCAGAAAAGUCCGCAACAGACUGUCUACUGCUCGUGCACCCUUGAUGAAUUUGGGGCAGAGUCAGAAUAAAAAAAUUUGAUAAAAUAGAAAAAAGAAAAAAUUAAUCCAUUUCGUAAAUAUCUUAUGUGAUCACGGGAUUGCGGCUCGUGCAAGCGAGAUUUCGCUCUGGGAGGACGAUCGCGAAUAAUUAAAAAACGCACGUGUGGAGAUUCGCGGAUCCACCAAUCAAAGCGGACAGCCGUUCCCCCUCUCCGAAUGAAGUAAGAAUUAUCCCCACCACACUUGCUCGUCGCAGUGUGCACUGGUAACGACGGUGCGCCCGGGUGCAUCGUGUACCGCAUUCGUACCUAACAGCCGACGAAGAUGAGCGCAACGUCGCGUGAAAUUACCAUUUGGUUGGUCCCCUCGAGCGAUACACCAACUACUCUCUGCGUUGCGUUCGCAUUCGUCCAGCAGCAUCCGUUUUAUCUGUGUGUGUGUGUGUAUGCGCGCGCGCGCGCACGUACACGUGUAUGCGCGGCGGGGUGGUAAUGGGGUCCGCAAUUCGAUCUAUAUACGGUCUGAUACGCGCGCAUGAACUCGCGACUCCGAGCGAGCUGCGUCGCACAGUCGAUCGCAUUCGCGAAAAAAAGGAAAGGAAAAAAGAAGGUAACGAUGGAAUAAAAUGAAAUGAAAUAAAAUUCGUCCAUCUCGUACAGUAGCCUCUUUCUCCCUCCCUUUUUUUUCGCUUUGCGUGCACGCGCGUUCGAUCUCUCGCUCGUCCGAGCGAGCCAGCGCGGCGUAAAGACACGCACGAGUGAAGCCCAUGAGCUCCCCGAUGCGACGGAAUUAAAUGACGCUUCGCGGAUCAGUUCCCAUCGAAUCCUCCUCUUCGUGCGCAACAAAAAUUAAAAACAUUUCCGUGAUUAAUAUCUCAAUAUUCCGAUGCGCGGAACUCGCUUCUAGUUGGAAUUAGUCUCUGAAUCACCUCGGCGUUAGUUCGACGUACAGAAGCACAGAGAUCCUCCCUCGUUCCUGAUUUAAAAGCGGAAACUCCUCACGCGUGGAGAAGACCGAGGGGUCGAAAUUCCACCGGUUACCCUCGGGACCCUUGGCCCACAUCUAGCUAACUUAGCUGUACAAGAAGCAUCGUUACAACGUAAGUAGAGAUGUAAAAAGAGAAAGAGAGAGGGAGAGAAAGAAUCGGAGAGAGAGAGAGAGAGAGAGAGAGAGGGAGUGAAGAAGUACUCUCGCUAAUUCGCAGUAAGAGAUAAACAAAAAUUAUUACGUAAGACAAAUGGCAAAAAAAAUAAUUAUAUAGAACGAUUUAUCAGAAGUCUGUACAAAGGACUCUAAACGAUUAUAAUCCCACGCGCGACGAUGAGUACCGCCGACGCGCGUCGUCCAUGACAAAUACGAGCUUUCGCGGACCCGCAAACGCCUCGGCAGGAAACAGAGAGAGAGAGAGAGAGAGAAAGUUGAUCAGAAGAAUAAAAUAUACAAGGUACAAAAAAACAAAUAAAAAACGUUAAAGAAGGAGCGAGUGUGUUCUCUCCUACAAUGACGACUGCAAAUUGAGUAAACUCCGAGAAAUUAAUUCACGCCGAUUCUCCGUGACAUGUCGAUGUAAAUCGAUUGUCGAUCAUCAGACGUAUGAAUCGCGAAAAGUAAGAGUUGUUUUUACUGAUUUUUGUUUUAAAGAAAAGAGGAAGAAGAGAUAUCAUACCGUGACCACACACAGGCGUUUAAGAUGCAGAGAAACAAAGUUAAAUAAUAUCAUACGAAUAAUAAUGAUAACACUAAGAUAACUAAAGAUAACAAUAGUGAUAGCGGUAAUGAGACGGUGCGAUAUGUUGACGACGAUAACGAACAGGCGACGAUAACGGGAUGGUGACAAUUAUAAAGAUAAUAAUAAUGAUAAUUAUGUAAUAAUAACGAUAACGAGAUAUAAAUAAAACGCUAAUUAUAAUGGUAAUGAGUAAACAGUAGCGCGAUAACGGUACUAGCUGCUACUAAUAAAAUGUAAUAGUAACGAAAAUAAAUUAUAUAAUCGAGAUUCUCUCUUUCCCCGAGGUCGGAGGAACGUAGUUAGUUAAUAGUAACGUGGAAAGAAAUAUUCAAGAUUGACCCCUUCGGUUUUCCCCUCUUCGGUCGUCGUGCCGGUAUCUUUUAAAAUUUUUCAUUCCACACUGCACCAUCGGCUGCAAAUAUUCGAAUAUUUCCAUAAUCCAAAUUGUCGGGAAUAAUUAUUAUUUAAUUGCCGAAAUGUCCUUGGAUUAUCAAUCUCUCAAUCUUGAAAUGUAAAAAAUCGAGAAGAAUCGAGUUUUACUCGCACCGGCAGACCAAAUUCGAAAAAUGUAAUUGCAAAAUGUAACACGCGUGAAAACUUACCAACGUUAUAAUUCAUAAAAAUGCAAUUAGGGUGAGAGAGACGUCGUAAAUUAUUUUCGUUGGUGAAUAAUCUGCUGACGCAGUUUUUAUGGAGAAACAAAGGGAGAAAGAGAAGAAUCUUGGAGGCAGAUCUCGAAAUAUCAUCGAUUAUCUCGGAGAAUAGCAGUAGUACCGAUGCGAUCCGUCUAGAUAAGCAGAGUAAGUCAGCUGUCGUAAAGAGCCUCCUUCCUAAGCAAAGAAAUCGCUGCUUCACCACUGUAAAUUUCUUAGCCAUAAUAAAUAGCGGUAAUCUCGCGAAGGGAUAAAGACGAGCGACGACGUCACAAGA